GUUCCAUCUCUGCUGCAUCAGCUGCUAGAAAAAAUACCAAACUCUGUCGCGCAUUUUCAAUCGCAAAUUAAACGCUGUUAAUUUCGCUUAGCGACCUCCGUUCUCGAAUUACAAAGCAAUUCGUAUGGAUUCCAAGGAAUCUAGUGAAGUUAAAAGUGAAAAGUUACAUUUCUAACGGUGUUUUGAGGCACCUGCGUUUUUUUCGUGCAUUUUUCAAUCCGUUCACACGAACGCACACACACACACACACGGAGAAACGACCGUGCAGCGAAUGGGUGUGUGUGUGUGAAAUUGUGCAAAAACCUGUGACGACAGAGGGGGCGGGGGAGGAGGGGGAUUUUCUGCUGUGUGUUGAAAGCAAAAUAUUCAUUGUUUUUCCCCGUGUGUGCACUAUAAAUUCAUAUUUAAGUGUCUGCGUCAUGUGGGGACCGCUUACCUCCCGCCAGCGUAUUCAGCAGCCGAAAAGACAGCUGCUCAUUUGGCGAGUGUAAACAAAGCAGCACACACACACACACACACGCACGCAUACUCGUUUACCUGGCGGCGACUGCGACGCCAACAGCGACGGCGACGCCGACUGCAACUGCGCUGCCCAUCACGCAUAUCGAAUUUCACAUCUUUAAGCCAGAAAAGAAGGAAAUCUCCAUAUAUCGCACUUCCAUCUGCCGCCACAUCUUUUGUCUGGCCAACCUGUUCGCUUCCAGACAGGAAGUUUGCCAAUUUUCGCAAGUUUAGCCAAGUGCAGCGAGGCAGCGACGUCGACGUCCUCUGCCCGCGUCGCAGCAGCUGCGGAUCUUAAUAUUCGGACAUGACCUCCACUUCCGCGGUGGAUGGCGGCCAGAGUAGCGAGACGGCCUGGCUGGAGGAUCUGCUGCGCGAGGUGCAGCUGGAGCAGUUCCUGGACAGGAUACGCGAUGACCUGCAGGUGACCCGGCUGGCGCACUUCGACUACGUCCUGCCCGAAGAUCUGGAACGAUGUGGGCUGGGCAAGCCGGCCAUCCGGCGCCUAAUGGAGGCAGUGCGCAAAAAGAAGGCCCACCAGUGGCGCAAGAACAUCCUGUCCAAGCUGAUUGGUGGCGGCAAGCAGCCCUCGUCCAAGAAGCAGUCCUCCUCCGCCCGGGAGUCCACUCAGGGCAAUGGCACCCAGCUAACCUGCCUCAUCCACGAAAAGGACAUCACAAUGGGCCUGAAGCUGGGCGACGGAUCCUUCGGAGUGGUGCGACGAGGCGAAUGGAGUGCCUCACCAGCGGGCAAGGUCAUCCCGGUGGCCGUCAAGGUGCUCAAGUCGGACAACCUCACCCAGCCGGGCAUUAUUGACGACUUCUUCCGAGAGGUUCAGGCCAUGCACGCCCUGGAUCACCCGAAUCUGGUGCGGCUUUACGGCGUGGUGCUAUCCCAGCCCAUGAUGAUGAUCACAGAGCUGGCGGAAAGAGGAUCCCUGCUGGACACGCUGCGCAAACAGUGCCGGCACACAUCGCUGACCAUCAUCUGGAACUGGUCGGUGCAGAUUGUGACGGGCAUGGCCUAUCUGGAGCAGAAGCGCUUCCUGCAUCGUGAUCUCGCCUGCCGGAAUGUCCUGCUGGCAGCUGGCAACAAGAUCAAGAUCGGGGAUUUUGGCCUGAUGCGUGCCUUGCCGCAAGAGGAUGACUGCUAUGUGAUGUCCGAGCACAAGAAGGUGCCUUUUCCCUGGUGCGCUCCGGAAUCGCUGCGCUUCCGGCAGUUCUCGCACGCCUCUGACACCUGGAUGUUUGGCGUUACGCUGUGGGAGAUGUUUAGCUUUGGCGAGGAUCCCUGGGUGGGUCUGAAUGGCUCACAGAUCCUACGCAAGAUCGAUCGCGAGGGAGAGCGACUGCAUCAGCCGGACGCCUGUCCGCCGGACGUCUACGCUAUGAUGCUGCAGUGCUGGGAUAAAACGCCGGCAGAGCGACCCACCUUUGCCGCCCUCAAAGAAUAUCUGGCCAGUAUGUCACCGCCUGUGAUGCGUGCCUCACGAAGUCACCACGAGUCCAAGGGACUGCAAAUCGAGCCCGGCGACACGAUUGCCAUUAUCGAUGGCCGCCACGAACUAAAGUUAAUCAAGGGUCAGAACCAGCGCACUUUUGACAUAGGAAUCUUUCCCAGGAGUCUGCUGGAGCAGCGGAAAGUGGGUGCAGCCGGAGAUGUGGUGAUGCGCAGCAGCAUGAGCAAUGGCUCGUCGUCCUCGCCCUUCGGUUUCUGCUGGGGUGGAGCGGCUGCCAUGGCCAAUGGCGAGGAUCGGCAGCGAAAGACCGCCUCCUUGACGAGCCAGGCACACGCCAAGGAGCGCAAGUCGACGUCCAGCAAGCAGUUCGCCUACAACAAACUGGUCAAUGAGGCAGCGGCGGCCGGUCUUCAUCGACGCAAUGCGGUGAAGCACAAAGGCGCAGUGGUCGGUCCACAGCGACCUCCACCGCCGCAGUUCCAGCAGGAGGGCAUACUAAUCGACAUUUCGCCCGACAUGCGGCCCUCGGCAGGAGGCGGAGUUGAGGGAGCAGGCGAUAGUUCAUCUCUGCAGGCGGACAGCUCUUUUUGCCUUUUGGAUGCUCCUAUAGAUGUGCCCACAUAUGCUGGAUCCAGUGGAUCGGGGGAACUAAACGUUUCACCCACAUACUAUAACGAGCAACCACAGUUUGACUUUGAUCCGGCCAGCAUGACAGCUUCUCCUGGACGCCUUCAGCCACCGCCGUAUCAAAUGCCACCCACUUACUCGAAUACCAUGGAGUUUGUCCAGAAACGAGACCUUCACCAGCAGCAGCUAGCGACUCCUGUAAGGGAACGAGAUCCCUUUGACACCACAAACCUGGAAACGGCUGUGGCAAUCUACUCGAAUUUUAACAACUCUCUAGAGGCAGCUCCUCCACCAGCACCCAUUUAUAACAGUCCUUCGGUCAGAAAGAGUCUUUUUGGUGGCUCCAACUCGAAUAAAGAAAACAUACCUGCCCUGGAGUCAGCGGCCAUGCAGCUAAAUCUGAAUAACCUCGCGUUGGAGCGACACGACACCCUCAGCAUUCAGCCUAUGGAGCCUAUUCCAGCUCCUGCCACUGAUGGAGUGCUGCUGGACAAAUCCUUUAUCGCCGAACUGGAAAAGGACAUGUACAGCAAUGGGCAGAAUCGGGCGCAUGAGGAGUACCAGCGCAAUUCCACGCAGAUGUAUUCCAGCAAGGACAUGGUAUACAAACAGAAUCUCACGCCACUGAAGAACGGCUCAGGCCAUUCGAAUCAUUCCAGUCCCUCGUCGACCGCCUCGCCAAAGCAAAACAAUUUGGAGGCAGCAGCAGCUGCGGCAGCAACCACGCAAAGUGUGGUCAAUCGCAUUUGGUACGAGCAGGUGGCCUCCACGUCCUCCGAGUACUACGCACAGCCGCCGCCAGAGCAGCCAGAUGAGCAGAUCUACCAAAAUCAUCAUCAGCAGCAGCAGCAGCAAGAGUCUAACCACUCGUUUGUAGCCAUUUCCAAUAGGGUAGUGGCACCCAAGAACAGUGUUUACUCUUCAUCCGCCUCCCUGUACGAUGCAGUGGCAGCCAGCACGGCAGGAUCCACGUACUACGGGCAAGUGCCGAACGGCAGUGGAGCUGUUCGAUACGAUGAGGUGACCCAGGAUGACUACCUGAGGCCAACGCGACCUGCUCCCCUGGCGCCCCCUCCCCUCUCCGCCCAGCAGAUCCAACGGCGGAUGGAGAAGAUGCGGCUGCAGCAACAGCAGGAGUUGGAGGGAGCCCAUCAGCUGUAUGCCCCAGUGCCCUCGGAUUACGGACGCGAGCAGGAGAAACUCCAGCAGCUGAUGCAGGAACUGGGCAGCUCAGCGGUGGAGCAGGAUGUACGCAAUGCUUUACGAGCGGCCAGCGGAGAUGUGGGUCUGGCCACAAGGCACUACAAAAUCGACCAGCUGGCGAGGUUGGGCGUGGCUGGGCGACCACAGUGCGAACAGGCGCUGCAGCAGACCAACUGGAGCCUAGAGGUGGCAGCUGAACUUCUACUGCAGUCUACAAUUGCGGGAUAAACUCGCGAACAGAAAGAAACAACCAUGUAUUACCGCCUCGAAUAUAAUUGCUUUAGUUUUAAUUGCUGAAUAUUCGUCUAUAAAUAGCUAACGAUGUCUCGAA